CCCAAAAUCGGCAUGUUUUACUGUCAGGAUGUGUCCUAAAAGUGCUAUUUCGUGAGCAGAUGGUUUGAAGAUCGAGUGACAAGGAGCGAAGAGAUGGAAACUGCUACACAGGGAUUCCUGCUGCUUCUGACUUUGAUGGUUUUAAAAGGAAACCCAGUUCACGCAGAAACAGAAAAAAAGGUGACCUGUGCAUGUGAAAAUGCAUGUCACGACAAACGGACAUGUAUAGGAUAUGUCUGCUUCUUCACCCUGUCCGAAGGCCAGGAACGCAGAGGCUGCUUUGAGAAAGCACAAAAGGAGCAAUGUUUUGUCCCACUCAUCCCCGGCAUCUACGCUGAGUGUUGCUACACUGACUACUGCAACGCCAACUUAACAGUACCCAAGGGACCAGUAGAGCCAACUGAAUCCGGAGAUGUGAUUGUGCUGGUGGCCGUGCCUCUGCUGGUGCUGCUUUUGCUGUCCGUCGCGGUGUGUGUCUUUGUGUUGUGGCUACGCUCCAAGCGACAGCACCACCAUCUGCAGGAACAUGACCCCCCCAUGCUCAAAGUGCCCAGUGGAGGAGACCCAACCUAUGGGGAUAUCUUUGAUGAGUUUUGCACAUCAGGUAGUGGGACCGGCCUGCCUUACCUGGUGCAGAGGACCAUGGCUCGGCAGAUCUCCUUAGUGGAGUGUGUCGGUAAGGGCCGUUAUGGAGAGGUGUGGAGAGGCACGUGGAUGGGGGAGAACGUGGCUGUGAAAAUCUUCUCCUCUCGAGAUGAACAGUCCUGGUUCAGAGAGACUGAAAUAUACAACACUGUCCAGUUGAGACAUGAGAACAUUCUGGGAUUCAUUGCCUCAGAUAUGACAUCAAAGAACUCCAGCACGCAGCUCUGGCUGGUGACUCAUUUCCACGACCUAGGCUCUCUCUACGACUACCUACAGUACAACACUUUGGAUCCGGAGGCGUGUUUGUGCAUGUGCCUGUCGAUAGCCAGCGGCCUGGUGCACCUUCACACAGAAAUCCUCACCACUCAGGGCAAGCCGGCCAUCGCCCACCGUGACCUCAAAAGCCGCAACAUACUGGUGAAGAGGAACGGCCAGUGCUGCAUCGCCGAUCUGGGCCUGGCUGUUAUACAUUCUCAGUCCAACGACUACCUGGAUGUAGGGAACAACCCAAGAGUGGGGACCAAACGCUACAUGGCCCCUGAAGUCCUGGACGAGAGUAUCCGUGUGGACAUCUUCGAGUCCUACAAGCAGACUGAUAUCUGGGCUUUGGGACUGGUUUUGUGGGAGAUCACACGCCGAACCUUCGUAAAUGGAAUUGUCGAGGAGUACCGUCUGCCUUUUUUCGAUGUGGUGCCCUCCGACCCCAGUUUUGAAGAGAUGAAGAAAGUGGUGUGUGUGGACCAGUACAGGCCUUGCCUUCACAACCGACUGCACUCGCAUCCGAUUCUGUCUGCUAUAGCUAAAAUCAUGAAGGAGUGCUGGUUCCAGAGUCCCUCAGCUCGCCUCACUGCCCUGCGUGUGCGCAAGACCCUGGCGAAGCUGGACCAAGACCAAGACUGCAGCAUAGACAAACUCAAAUUAGAUGUCUAGAGACCUGCUCUUCUACUUAAUGGACACAAGUUGCAGAACAGGUGCCAGAACCCCUCUUAGUCUCAUGUGCCUUUUAAGAGCAGGAUCUGAUGCGUUGAUUCCUGGUGCUUCAGCCGAGGAAGCCACAGCGCUGAUGGACCGGCUGAACCCAAGCUGCGCUGCGAAUCUCCUCUGGAUUCCGAUAUGACUGUUGAAGGAUUUACUGCCCCCUUUUUUUUUUUUUUUUUUCUUCCCCCAAACACAUUGACUCAGCUGGAAGCGAAAGUCAGCCACGGCUAAACGUACUCGUCGGAGUCGAGAUAUUUGCACGUGUUUUUCUGUCAGUGUUUUUUAUGAAUGUGUUUGUCAGGAUAUGAGCCAUACUGGACUUCCCAAUGGAGGAGUUUCCUGAAAUUCCUUCACGACUCUGUCUCCCUCCUCCUCUUACAUUCUUAAUGUCUUAAACGAGGACACCAUGUACUUUGUUCUGCUAUGUGCAUUUUAUCCGUUCCAAAGUUGUUAUGAAAACUUUCCCAAUUACUGUAUCUUAAGUAUAUAUCCAUUAACGCAUACUGAUAUAAUUACAAAUAUGCAGUAUUCAUUUAAAUGAUAUUUUAUUGCUGAAUAACUAAUAGAGAUGUUUUAAGUGGUAUAAUCCAAAGUUAAACCUUUGUAAAUAUAAAUAUUUUUUAUAUUUUAUAUAUAUA